UAAUUUGUGUAGCCAUGGAUGAGCAAUUUAUUCUGAGGGUUCCACCUUCUGUUGCUGAGCGAAUUAACCGCCUUUUAAGUGAAAAUCCUUCUUCAGAAGACAAACUGUACUUGUCUUUUUCUGAGGAUGGAAAGACGGGCAGUUUUGUCAUAGGCGACGAGCACUUUCCUGCAUCACUUUUGAAUCUUCCUUGCAUAGUGGAGUCAUACAAAACUUAUGAUGACAACGUGCUCAUUAAAUCCGCAGACAUUGGUCAAAUGAUUAUGGUGAGAGAAGAAGGUGAUCCUGUUCCAGAUGUGGUGGAAUAUAGACAUGGCCUCACACCUCCAAUGAGAGAUGCACGAAGACGAAGAUUUCGGAGAGAGCCAGAUAAUCCUGAGCUUGUUCGGCGUGUUGAGAAAGACUUGCAGAACAUAAUGUCUGGUGGAACAGCUGAGAAUAUUGAUAUAGAAGUUGUUGAGCAAGAGGAAGGAGGUGAAGCAAGUGCACGCCAUGUGAACAAGAAAGUGACACAACCUGCAACAAAGCCUGACAUUUCCGAGCCCGGGACAGCUGGUGAGGAUCCUGAUAGAACUGAGUCUGAGGAUUCUGAUGAUUCAAUAUAGCCGAGGACAUUUUCCAGCCUUUGCUAUUGUUAUAGUGGCUACCAAGUCUUGCUAUUGUUGUAGUGCACUUCUGGUUAGUUGCCGUCAGAAUUUAUUAGAAAUUUUAGCUCUUGUGUUUUAAUACAGUUGGCUUAUCGAGUCUAGGCUUGAAUAUCGCUGUAAUAUAACAGUUUGCAAUGUCUACUUCAGACAUGCGAGCAUGACAAUUGCAAAUUGUGUUCUGUAAAGUGAUGGUCUGUCUCCAGUUUGAUGUAUUGAAUUCGCUUAUUUUGUUCUAA